AUGCAGACAGCGGUUUUAUACAUUGGACUAAGCCAGCUACUGUGGCAUGGAAGUGCCGCCAUGGCAAUUGGAGAGGAACCUCAUCUCACUGCUCUCAUGCAAAGCAGUUUGAUUCGACAAUUUGCCGAGCAGCACAAACACAUACCAAGGUUAACUUACUUCACCUGCCACCGCAAUCCUAUCAACAUAAAUGAGGCGGCAACGACCAGCAGCCACAAUGAAGGGAUUCAGGUGGAGCAGCAGCAGCAGCAGCAGCAUCUACAGGAUUUCUAUCGGGCAAAGAAUGUGGAACUGAUUAAACUGCUGCUAUAUCAAGGUAAACCCUUUAUCAGGAUUGUGCAAAUGGAUGUGCUACGGCAAGCAGCGACUGGUACCAAACGCAACUACAUGAACAAAAACAAGAACAACAAUGUCAAGGGUAGGCCAAAGGCUCGUGGUUCUACUUUCAGUUAUGUCGACUGGCUGGAUGAUGUCCUCAAACUGGAAGCCCUAAAACAGUUUGUGGUCGUGGAUUUGGCUUGUGGACCUUUAAGUCGUCGCUUUCUCGAGCUGGCUUCCGCCAAGAUGUACUUUAAUGACAAAUUUCACUGGCUAUUGAUGGAGGAUUAUGCGCUGCAUAUGAAAGCGAAUUUUCAACAAAUUGAGACAUCAGAGCUCCUGCUGCAGCAGACUGAUGACCUUAUCUCCAUUGAGAGCUUUAUGGAGGGACUUAAUUUCUAUAUCAACACUGAAUUAACUUUGGCCAAAAGCAUGCCAGCCAACAUGGGAGUUGGUUAUACACUCUAUGAUGUUUGGAAUCCCGGCCUGAACUAUGGCGGUCAUGUCAAUCUAACGGAAAUUGGCAGCUUUACGCCAACACAUGGACUGUUGCUACAGAGUUGGUUUCGUACCACAUCGACGGUGUUGCGUCGCCAGAAUAUGCAGCAUGCCAGAGUCCGUUGCAUGGUUGUGGUGACCAACAAGAACAUGACGGGCACUUUGAUGUACUACCUAACGCACCCGGUAUCGGGUCACAUCGAUACGAUGAAUCGUUUCAAUUUCAAUCUGCUGAUGGCCGUCCGUGACAUGUUCAACUGGACAUUUGUCCUAUCCCGCACAUCCUCAUGGGGCUAUGUGAAGAAUGGCCGUUACGAUGGCAUGAUUGGGGCACUCAUACGCAACGAGACGGAUAUUGGUGGAGCACCAAUUUUCUAUUGGCUAGAAAGGCAUAAGUGGAUCGAUGUUGCUGGCCGUAGUUGGUCGAGUCGACCAUGUUUCAUCUUUCGACAUCCACGUAAUACGCAAAAGGAUCGUAUUGUAUUUUUGCAACCAUUUACCAACGAUGUUUGGAUACUGAUUGUCAUUUGCGGUGUAUUCACAGUAUUCAUUUUGUGGUUAUUGACGACAAUUGAAUGGAAAUUAGUGCCCCACGAUGGUGCUGCAUUAAUUAAACCAAAGGGCGGAGCACCACAAAUGCAUCAUCAUCGCCAUCAUCGUCAUCAUCAUCAUCCGCAGCAGCAGCAGCAGCAGCAGCAACAACAACAGCAGCAGCAAUCUCAACCUGUUAGUGCUGCGGCAAAGCCAGAAGACGACAAUUUAUCGAGAAUUUCUGUAGAGAUUUUACCAAUCACUGGAACAUUUUUUCAACGUUGCCUCAUACGCUUAAAGAACUAUGUCAAUCUACGUCGCUCACAGCAUGGCGGCAAUGGCAAGUCCCCUGAACGUGUGGGCCUAUUCUUAGAGUCGGUGCUAUUUUUUGUUGGCAUAAUUUGUCAACAGGGUUUAGGUUUCUCCACCAGUUUCAUUUCGGGCCGUUGCAUUGUUAUCACUAGUUUGCUUUUCUCCUUUUCCAUCUAUCAAUUCUAUUCGGCCAGUAUUGUUGGCACGUUGCUUAUGGAGAAACCGAAAACAAUUAAGACUCUAAGUGAUUUGGUUCAUAGCUCUUUACAAGUGGGCGUAGAAGAUAUACUCUAUAAUCGAGAUUACUUUUUGCACACCAAAGAUCCGGUUUCCAUGGAGUUAUAUGCCAAGAAAAUAACUAGUUUACCUCCUAGUAAAGAUAAUGAAGGAGCUAGUGGAUCUGUUGGUGGUGGAGCUGCUGAUGAAGAAUCGGAAUCAACACAAACUGGAGCAAGUGAAACUGCUAAAUCUUAUCGUGAUAUUGUUCACAGUCACGAGACUGGGGCUCAUGCCAAGGACAAUGCGGCUACUAAUUGGUUAGAUCCUGAUACUGGACUACAAAGAGUUAAGCAUGAACGUUUCGCUUUUCAUGUAGAUGUAGCUGCUGCUUAUCGUAUCAUUGCGGAGACCUUUGAUGAGCGUGAAAUUUGUGAUUUAACCGAAGUCAGCAUGUUUCCACCUCAAAAGACAGUGAAUAUUAUGCAAAAGAAUUCACCCAUGCGCAAGGCAAUUGCUUAUGGUCUGCGACGCGUUACAGAGACGGGUAUAUUGAAAUAUCAUUUCAAUAUCUGGCAUUCUCGUAAACCGCCAUGUGUAAAAAAGAUUGAGACCUCCGAUUUACAUGUGGACAUGGAUACAGUGAGCUCUGCUUUAUUGAUAUUGAUAUUUAGCUAUGUCAUGACUCUAUUAAUAUUGGCCAUUGAAAUACUCUAUUCAAAAUGGCAGUAUCGCAUAGUUAUUAAACUUAAUUAA